UAUAAAAAAAACUCGAUUAGGACUUUAUGAUGUGUGUGGGUGUGUUCGUGUGUGUGUGUGUGUGUGUGUGUGUGUGUAACAGAGACACAGAGUUGUGAGCGGUGGAUGUGAGUCAGUCUUCAGUCAGACGGCAGGCAGAGAGGAUCAUGCGGCGCGCAGCAGCUCCAUCAUCUUCAUCUUCAUCAUCUAAGCCCAGCUGAGGAAUAAUGUCCGUAAACAACAGCUCGGAGUCCGCGCAGGUGUGGGGGGACUACACCUGCGUGCGCUUUUACGUCUCCACCGUGUCCUUCUCGGUGCUCCUCUUCUUCAACCUCAUCAUCAAUUGGACUAUAGUGCGCGUUGAGCGUCUCCGGAGCCACGCGCGCUUCGUGCUGGUCUUCCACCUGCUGGUGUCCGCGCUGGUGUACCUGGGCAUGAGCAGCGUCUUCUACUACCAGAUCCACCUGGACGCGCGGCCGGCCCGCUCCGCGUGCCUCGCCAUGAUCACGGUGCUGAUCAGCAGCGCGUCCAACAUCCUGCUGACGCUCACGGUGAUGGCGCUGGACCGGUACUGCGCCGUGUGCCACCCGAUGAGCUACAGCUCCACGUGCACGGCGGGGCGCUGGCCCUGGCUGCUGGGCGCGCUCACUUGGAUCGUGUCUUUGGUGAUACCCAUCACCCUGCUGCUGCAGCCGGACUCUGCUGGAGCCGCUUAUAACGGGGUGUGUGACCGGGAGCAGCUGAUGAAAGGCCAGCUACACAAAGUGCUGUUUUUGGGUUUGUGCACGCUGCUCAUCCUGUACAGCUACGUGCGGAUUUUGGUGGAGGGGCGGCGGUUAGGGGUGCUCAAUCGGCGCAACCGAGCCGGCUGCAGGACCAUCGCGCUGCACGGCACCCAACUGGCCGUCUACCUGCUCCCCAAUUUUGUGAACUUCGUGCUAACGGUGCUCGUGAACCGGAGGCUCAUCACGCGCGAGAUCAAGGAGCUGUCAGCCGUGGUCGUGUUUGCUUUCUUCAGCCUGGCGCAGUGCGUUGCGCCGGUUGUUUACGGUUUGCGCAAAGAGGAACUUCUGGAGCAGUUGAGUCACAGGUUCCCCUGCUGCUCCCGAUACUUGAAGAGUGUCCUCGGCUGGACAGUGCACAACAACUGGACACACACCCAACACAUAAUUACACGGGAGCGAACGCUGACGGCACAGACCAUCAUCUCCCUACAGACCCCGCAGGUCCCAGAGGACGAGGAAACGAGGCCGAUGCCAGUCAGGAGUUCCUCACAUGACUCAGACUCAUGUCCCCGCGAUAUGGACAAUGCCUGAUGGGAAAAACCAGGUCAAUGGCGCCACAGGAACAUUUGGAUGAGCGGCUCAGCUCAGGACUGAAAGGAGCCGUCAUGGAUAUUAAAAAGGUUUCUUCCUCACCAGAGAACGCUAAGACCUGGCUGUGGAUUCACACUGGAAGUGUCCAAAAAUGGAAAAUGUCAGAGACACUCAACUUACUUUGCUUUGGGGGCCAUUUUUGCAAAAAGACAGGACGC